AUGGCUACAAGGCGUCGCGGAGUCGGAGUUGGCGCUGUUCAACGAAAACAGGAAAUUCAGGCUAAAUUCUCGCAAAAAGGCAGCGAACUAGCUGGUGAACAGCUUCGUCUCUUCUCGUCGCAACUCGACGAAUUCACGCAAAAGUUAGAGGAAUUCGCCCGAAAACACCGUGAUGAGAUCAAGAAAAACUCACAAUUUCGACGUCAUUUUCAAGAGAUGUGCGCUUCAGUCGGAGUCGAUCCACUCGCUUCGGGUAAAGGAUUUUGGGCAGAAAAGCUGGGCGUCGGUGAUUUCUACUAUGAGCUAGCUGUGCAAAUUGUCGAGGUUUGCCUUUCUACAAAUCAUAUCAAUGGUGGGUUGAUGACAGUCGAAGAAAUUCGGAAUCGAUUGAUGCGAAGUCGGAGUCGAUAUCGAAAAGAAACUAUCACAACUGAUGACAUUUUGAGGGCCGUCGAUAAGUUGAAGGUUCUGGGCGCUGGCUUCGAGCGAAUUCCUCUUGGAGGUGGACGAUUUUUGGUUCAAUCAGUGCCAGGCGAAUUUUCCAUGGAUCAUUUGCGAGUACUCGAGUUGGCCGAGGAUACAGCUUAUACAACCAAAGAAUUGGUGAUCGAUCGUUUAAGAUGGAGUGACGCUCGAGCGCAAACCGCCUUGGAUCAUCUCGUGAAAGAGGGCUUGGCUUGGAUGGACAAUCAAAUCGAACCCGUUCAAUACUGCAUGGGUGAGCUGGUCGUUCCAGCAGAUGCUCUCUCCCCGAACAACUUCUGGGAGAAGCACAUUUUGAAUGGGUCAGAUGACGUGGUGCGCUUCACAUCGGGACGCAACGUUGUGCUUUCCCUGGAGGAGACGCGAAGCCGAGAACGAGAUUGCGCUCGAGUGCGAACACAGAUCAUCUCCGAGUACAAAUGGGAGCGUCGUGAAGCUGGUGGCCGAUUGAUGGACGUUCGAGAUUGCCUGCUCGCCUAUCGAAAUGUGCCAGCCGAGGGUGGAGUCGAUGCGGUACGAGUGAUGGAACGAGAGAGCAAACAACGACAGCUGAUCAAGGGAUUCCGUGCACCGACAGCUGACCUCGCUUGGGCUCCACACACGCCGAUUUUGGCGAUUGUCGACUCACAGUGUAAUCUCUACUUCUACCAAGUUAAUAACCAAUGUCAAGCGCGCAAAUACGUCAAUAUCAUGUACAGUGCAUCGGAUUUUAAAUGGAGUGAGCCCCGUUUGGCAUGGUGUGGCUACGUGCCCGAGGAGGAGUCAGAAGAAUUACACAUGAUUGCUGUUUAUCAGGGAAACCGUGUGCUCAUCAUCAAUCUUUCGGCGGUGCAGACGGCAAAUAAAGAUGGAUACGACACAACGAUCGAAUCGAUUCGGAAUAUUGAAGGAGCUCUUCACUCAAUCGUUUUGGACCCGUCCCUCGAAAUCGGCGCCGUUUGUAUUUCGCCCGAUGCGACAGCGGUGGCCGUUGCGAUCAGUGACGGAUCGGUGCUCUUCUACAUGAUCGAGGGAGAGAAGAAAGUUGCACAAACGUGGAAUCCGAAUUUGGGUGGGCACAUCGUUUCUCAACUCUUUUUCCUCGAUAACACGGAUGCUUCGAAUAAAUCACAGGAACAAUUCUGGAAGUUUUGCGUUGCCGUCGGCGACGGUGGACGUCGAUUGCAUCUAUUUGACUGUUUGACAUGGAAAUGCGUGGGAAGAUUACGCUUUGAUUCUCCUCUCCAAGGUGCUCCAUUCACCGUGCACAUUGACCCGUCCGCGAAAUAUCUUCUCGUCAUCGACGUUGAUGGAGCGAAUAUUUUCUGCGUUGAGUUGGACUAUAGUCAAAUGUAUCCGAAAUUUGCGGCCGUCACACAAAUUGCCUUCUGUCAUCCACUUGUCACUGCUGUACCAUAUGGAAUCACCGAGGGAAAUGAGGCUAAAGACGAAGCAGAAACCUCAUUCGACGAUGAUGAUGAAGAGCAACAGGAUGCCAAUCGAGUCGUUGUCCACCUUUGUGGCAUCAACUACAAGAAUCUAGUUCAAUUGGACGUGACACUUGAGAAAACUUCGGAGGCGGCGCCAAGCUGCGACACUGUCGAUUUGGCUACUCAUCGGGACGCACUCGGCGCAGCUGCCGGUCCGUCGUCAUCGGGAAAUGGUGGUGGUUUACUUGCAGUGGCUGCCGGAAUCUCUCCACAAAACCUUGCCGAAUUGCACUCGAGAUUUGAUGAAUUGAAUGAGAAAGUCGAAAAACUUGUUGUCCGAGCCGAUCGCGUUGACACCGAGCGCCGGUCGAUUACCACGAACGAAGACGUUAUUCGAUUGUUGCAACAAUUCAAGGAAGAAAUGGCUCUACGAGAAGAAAGACUGCUUGCGAAUGUCUCCGAAUGUAUAGAGCAAUCACGUGAGCAUACAGUGACCACGGUGAGAAACGCGCUCAACGAAAACUCGCUCUCAUUAGAAACAUCGAUCCAGGCCAACAAUCGAAACACAUCCGAAGCGAUCAAUCAACGUGUACACGACAAAAUGCGAGAUGCCAUUCAACAGUUGCUCAUUCCGGCCGUUGAGCGCACUUGUGGGCAGCUCUUCAAACAACUCAAUGAACAUUUUCGUCAGGGUAUCGAGCAGUAUCUUGGACAGUUACGAGCCCUUCAACAAGCCACCGCACUCUCGUUGGCCUCAGCCACUCCAGCUCCGUUGCCCACCGAGAGACAGCUCGUUGUUCAGCAACUUCACUCGCUUUUGCAAAGUGGCAGUGUGCCAGCCGCUUUUGAACAUGCGCUCAAUUUGGCCGACGAGGAAGCCCUUUUGUAUGUGUGCCAUCAAGUGAAUCCUGAUGAACUCUUUCUUACGGAAAACGUCCUCCCUCAAGCCGUCCUUUUGCCCUUUCUCCAGCAGCUGACCCGGAAUCUCAGCCACGAGACGGAUACGAAAUUCAGAUACAUGGAACAUGUUCUCCCGGCGAUCAACGUCUUCGACUCGGAUAUCGCUCUUCAUGUGCCUGCCGUGCUCACUCUAUUGCUCACCGAACUUAAAGAUUUGCGUUCCCGUACCUCGGAUGCUCAAUUGAAGAGGACGGCUCACAUGUUGGGGCAAGUUGCCGGAAAUAUGCUCAAUAUGUUGAAGAUGGCC